AUGGCACACAGUACUGCGAAGCCCGUCUUUUGCUCUGAAGACACCAAAGGGCUAAAACCUGGAGACGUUGUGUCCUCUUGGAUCACCAGCUUUGAGUGGGACGAAUCAUGCGUGCGCGCGGAAGAGGCAGACAGAUGGACAAAAGAAAGCGACCCUCCCUGCGACGCGACUUUGGAUAUUCUUUUCCCGGACCAGACAUCCUCUGUGGGAGUAGACUUGCUCGGAAAGCUUCAGAGCUCCUGUUCAGACAGUCUUGCGGCACCGACAGGAGACCCGGCACACGAACUAUACGACUCGCUACGGAACCCGCCACAUGAUCUGUGCGCGACUCCAGAGGAUAUUGCGCUUGCGAGCGAUCUCUUUCUGGAUUAUGCCGCGCAGAUAGCGCAGUCCCUCGCUUUCUUCAGUCUAGCCGGCGGUUUCGCUAGCUCACGCAUCGUGGCCACGCUGAACGCAGUCUCAUACCUCGUACCUGGGACGGCGAAGUAUGACGCUGAAGGAUCUCCCAGUCCCUCGACGCGGGCUCAGGACGAGCGCACCUAUAUCCGACUUAUGGAGACUUUUCAGUUUGUUCUCGACGUCAUGGGAUGCACGUCUUCCACAACGUAUUGGCCACAAGCAAGAUGUGACGAGAAGGCGGAGGGAGUCCCAGCCAUAGCACCUGGAGGCGUUGGCUGGAAGUCGGCUGUUCGCGUUCGCAUGCUCCAUGGAAUAGCUCGACGGCGAGCCAGAGAGCAUCUUAGCCGUGCCUCACAAGGUUCGCUCGAUUUUGUACCUGUGAACCAGCUCGAUAUGAGUGGCACGCUGGCCGCCUUCUCCACAGUGCCAAUCUGGUGUUUGGAGCGUUUGGGAUUCAACAUCCCAUAUGCUAGCAAGAGCGCGUAUUUGGCCGUCUGGCGCCAGGUCGGGUUCUACAUGGGCAUCUCCCCCGAUAUACUACGCAGUCACUUCAUGACGCCAGCGCAAGCGGACAAGUUUCCUCCAUCCGUCGUCAUACACCUCUUCUCCCCUCAUCCCGAACUCCAGCACCUCGUACCUCCGACACUACCCAUCCUCAGAGCACUCGCGGAUCGACCACACACGAGGACAAGCUAUCAGUACAACUGCGCACUGGCUCGACAUCUGAUAGGACCUACCUUAUCCGACCAUCUCAGCAUCCCUCGGACCACUCUGCCGGUCUACCUUCGAAUGAGGCUCUCGUUGGCGGUGCAAGCUUUACCGUGCCAUUUCGCCCGCGUGUAUCCCAGACGCGGAUGGCUGCUUGCUCGUAGAGCUGCGUUGCGCGAGGCUCUAGUAGCAGUCGUAGAAGGGUCAGGGCUCGGGAUGCGUAGAACUGCCUUCCGCCCUCGUCAACCAGGUGCCAGCGACCUCGACCCUGGUGUGCGCGAACAAGAGCGCAUCGAAGCUAAGAUGGGGACAGGGGCGGCCAUUGUUCGAUCCUUCAGAGCAGUAUGGGUGGAGAUGGCCGCCGUAUUGGUCAUUGCAGGGCUUCUCGUCUCAAGCGUCUUGUGGCGGUUGUAUGCGGCAUGCGUUGUUUAG